CAUAUUAAUGCUAAUUCACUUCAUCCAAGUAAUUUACUGUGACAAAGCCCUGCCAACUUGGCAAAUGGUUAUAACGCCUGCAUGUUUUCAAUUUUAGCGGACUUUUAUUUAAAUAACAAUGACCGAAGUUAAAGGUGAAGGACCUGAAGAUGUAGACACGAUUGGUAUUUACGUAGGCGGUCGCAAUGCUGACGGUGAGCGCCACGGCGAAGGCUGGGCCGUGCUGCCCAACGGGGACUUCUACCAGGGCUGCUACUGCAGGGGCAUGAGGAAUGGGAAGGGGUUGUAUGUGUUCAAAAAUGGAGCGAGGUAUGAAGGUGAAUGGCGAAAAGCAAUGAAGUACGGGGUAGGAACGAUGAUAUACCCCGACGGUUCCCGCUACGAAGGGGACUGGAGGCAUGACCUGAAGCACGGCUUCGGUGCCUACUACUACCCCAAUGGAGACAUUUACGAGGGCGCCUGGUUCAAGGGUAGACGACACGGCUUGGGGACGUAUUUCUUCGCUGAGUAUCAGAUUAAGUUUAUGGGGACGUGGGUAGAUGGAGUAAUUGAAGGCCCAGGGCAAAUUAUAUACCCACGAGUGCGUUACCAUGGCUCAUGGCUAAAGGGGAAGCCCAAGGGACCAGGUUGCUUCGUGUUCGACACCAAUUGCAUGCAGCACGGCUUUUAUUUGUUGAAGAAAGACCCUGAUUUAGAAGAAUAUGGAGAAGGCGAAGAAGAGAAAGAAGACAAAGAGCCGAAAGAAGAUAAACUGGAGGAAGGCGAAGAGGAAAUUGAGAUAGACGAAACUUUAGGAAAAGUAGCAGAGUGGCGAGCUCGUAACGUGACGGCGUAUAUGGCAGAGUUCCUUCCCCCUGAGCCGGUGCCUCUGCCAGUUUGCAACUCCGUGCCUUCCCUCGCCGAAGAGAGCAUCGAGACUGACGUGCUCCGCUUUGAGCCGUCGACGAUCACCGCCGAGGAAGGUGGGGACGACAACGACUCCUGGCUGCUUCACCGACAGCAGUUCUUGGAAGAGACCGAGCUCAUAGCGCCCAGCAGGACCAAGGAAGAUUAGAACCUUUAGCACGAAACACAAUUAUCAUAUUACUGCCUUUUCAUAAAAUUACAGCCCU